GACAGGACAGGCCUUUCCUCAGGAAAACAUAUCACCUUCCACCACAAUAGAACUGGCCAGGAAACAACGGGCAGCCGCAUUGCUCUCUUGAGUCCACGAGUACUUUCAGACACACUCUCACACUCAUCAGUGACAAACACACGCAAAGCCGGCGCACCCCAGAAUGACACGCCACUGAAACACUGUACGGAUAUCUUCUCAGUUAAAAUCUCAAGUGCAACCAUGCCCAUUCUAAAGAAGCUUCCAGGUAGGUCAAAGAGCUGCCACGAGUUCCCCAGGGUGAACGGUGAGCUCAUUCUACCGAGGCUCGAUUUGGACCUCAAGGACUUGAAUGACCUUAACGAUCUUAAGGACUUGCACGACCUGAAGGAUCUAAGCAAGAACCUCAACCCUUUCGAGAAUGUUGACCUAGAUGAAGAUGAGAGGAAUGACGGUGACACGGGGCUCAUCAUGGGGGAGGUCAGGGGUAAUAUCCAGCUCAAAUCGUCUCGCGAUGGAGAAGAGGAGGAAAAUGAGUUGAACGCAGAGAGACACGGGGUGGGAAACCCGAAAGGGAAGCCUCUGAGGGGCACCCUAGAGCGGAUUUGUGGCGUGUCGCCAUUGAAGACCCUUGGGAAAUUAGGCAAGGGCCUCCGCAAAUCUGGACGCAACGUGUGGGGGCACAACUCUCCUCACUAUUGCCCCAGGGACUCAAAUACGCUACCAACAGAGAGGGAAAGAAGGAAAGGACUACGCAGAAGCUCAGAAGGAAUUAUGACUCUCUUCCGUAUUAACGGCCGUCGUAAGGAGGACCGCAGAGAAAGCCUGCCCUGUGGAGACCUCAGAGCAGACAGCGAGGCGGAGGCUUUUAGGCGGCCGUCCUUCCUCAGGAUGGUCAGCCUUGGCAAACUGAAGAGGGAGUCCAUGUCCGACAAGGCCUCACAGGAGACGGAGGAGGAAACAGAGGAGGAUGAGCCAGUGGUCAAAACCAGAGAGCCCCUCUCAGUACUGGAGAUUCUACAAUUAGUCAACAAUCGAGACCUGCUUCUUGCCGACACACACAUCCAGGAACUGGAGCGAGAGUGUGAGCUGUUGUCUCUCCUGCCAACUCCAGCUAGUCCUGUCCUCAGUCCAAGUUUUAGUUUCUGCAGUCCUCCUGGUAUUAUUCCCUUAUCGUGUUCAGCCAUGGACGACUCGCUCAGCUCGAACGCAACUCUGGAUUCAGGCCGCCGGAAAGAGAAGGACGUAGAGCUCCUCUACGAGGCUUUGAUGAGGGAGAUGUGGGACGUUGUACGCGAGUCACUCCGUCAGCCCAGCGCCGGUCCCAAUCUUGGCCUUGUGGUUCUAGUAAUUCAACAGGAAGAGCAUGCGGAUGUGACCUGGGCUCUCAGGGAGGAGAGUAAGCAAGAGCAAGAUCUGGACGCGGCUCCUCACAGCCAACAAAGCCACCGCCCUCGGCGUAUGAAGAUGAAGUGGAGGGAAGCAGUGGCAGAGGCCGCUGACUGGAGUCUACCACAACAGGUAGACACUCAGGCAGGCCAGCUAUCGUCAUACCUGGAGCGCCUAAGAAGUCGGAUGGUGGAUGACCUUGAUGCAGCAAAGAGGAACGCUGUUUCCAUUUACCCUGAGGAGUUUUCUGCAUUCCAAGUGUAUGUGGAAAGUUAUCAUCAAGCUGUGGCAAAACGGCUGAGAAAUCUGACGCGGGGCCCAUUGCAGAUUACCGACGUCUACUCAUUGUUGGACUGGUUCUACAAUAUCUACAACCGUGAUGUUCUGGGAACCAUUGGCACAGCAACACCCAUCAACUAUGCCUCGCUGGAGCCUAUUUUGCCUCAAGAUACAGUGGACCAGUUGGAAAAGGAGUGUCUAAGUAUUGUCAAAGAGAAAGUGACAAAAGAGUUAAUUCAGGUUCUGGAUGACGAAGAAAGGCGAUGGGCCCAAACUCUACACAUAGAGGACUAUCAGUCCCAACUCGCACGUUCUGUUAUUCAGAGGCUGAAAGUAGACCUGGACAAAUCUACAUCUGUAAAUCAAUUCUUAGGUGCAAGAGUGGCUCGCUUUAGUCUCAUCGGUUUGGCUGACUUUCUUUAUAGUUUCCAGAGAAAAGUGGAGAUGUUUCAUGAGACCCAAGCAGAGUUUGGGGAUCGAGGAGAUGGAUAUGUUUCCAGGACCAUAGCUCUUGUCAACUGCUGCCCUCCUCUGAGAUCCUUUGUGGAGCGCUGCAGGCAGUGUGACCCACAGGCCAGUGAGGACUCAGCAAAGAGAGCCAACUCCUCCUUGGACAGGAUCAUCAACCUGUCUGUUAGGGUGCUGACUGAAAGACUUUUUGAGCACAUUAGGCCGUUUUUUGACAAAAUGAUCAAGAGAAAAUGGCUGAAUAACACAGAGACAUUUGAGGGCAUUGAAGUCAGCAUCAAACAGCACUUCAAAAAGUUCAGAAGGAUGGAUCCACCACCUUAUCAAACUUUGGUGGGUGAGGUGCAUCGUCGGGUCAUAGUGGAGUAUGUCCGAGCUAUCAUGCGGGCACGCCUCGUUUGCACUUCCUCCAAGUUGAGAAAAAGGAUGGCUUUCCGCUUGCAAGAUGAGGCUAAACAGCUUAAAGGACUCUUUAAGGAUCUGGAAUCAAGUUCAUCUUGGUUGGACAGUCUCAUCUUCCAUCUAGCUGAUAUCAUUCUCCUUGAAGACACACCCUCCAUCCAGAUGGAGGUUGCUGUCCUGGUGAAAGAGUUUCCAGAUAUCCGGCAGAAACACAUCUCCACCCUAUUGAACAUACGAGGCAUGAUGCGUCAGACGGAACGUCAAGAGAUCCUCAACAUAGUUAAAGACUUUCAAUGCAGCUCUGCUGUAAUCUGCCGGGAUCACGUCGUCUUUUCUGAUAUUCCCAUGACCUCGGAGGUGCACUGCAUAAGCCUGGGAUUCCAGCGUCUUGCCAUGGCCGUCACCAACUGGUUCUCUGAGCACCGACCGAGGCAAGCCCGUAGGAAAAGCGUCAGAAACACAAGAGUUCAAUCCGCUGAGAGUCCGAACAUUGAAGAGACGAAUAAAUAUAACAGGGAAGAAUAGCUUUUGGUGUGAAAGUAAGAAGAGCAGUUGCAGUCAUACUGUGAUGAGAUGUACUGUAUAUGCACCUUGAUAAAAACGUUUGACAGUGCCAGCUUUUAGAAACCAGCCAUGCAAAGAAACUUGACAUGAGGUACUGCUCUGAAACAACCAUGACCUUUAGUUAUUUUUUUCUGAUCUAGACGGUUAUUGGCAGAGGUGGGUAGUAAUGAGUUACAUUUACUCUGUUACAUUUACUUGAGUAACUUUUUGCGAAAAAUGUACUUCUAAGAGUAGUUUUAUCAUGCCAUAGUUUUUAUUUGAGUAGAGUUGUGAAGAAGACACAUUAGUUUUUCUUCGCUACUCUGGGCUUCACUAGUAUCUUCACAUUUUUCCUCUUUAUUCUACAUAUUAGAUUUGACUUUAUUUUAGCCAGCACAGUGACUCUACCAGUUUCACCAAUGAAACAUCGCAACAAUAAUCACAUUAGCCAUGAUACCAAUCAUACGUUACAUGACCACACACGAGCUUGCAGUCGGAAGUCAUAUGAUCACGCCGGCCUGUUUAAUCACGCAGCAUCUUUAAAUUACAGUAAAAAGCAUGGAUUUCAAUGUCUUCCCGUUUUUUCCCCCUUUUUUUCAUACUAAUAGACUACGGAAAACCGGAUAUAUUAUCGUUUGAAUUCCAUGGCAGGAAAAAUGUUUCCUCCACUACUCUUUGGACAUGUGAUGUUUCAUUUUUGUAGAUUUUUCUAGUCGGAAUUCAAUUGUUUUUAUGUAUUUUAAUGGCCUAAUAUGGUCAUGUAAUAAGUUAUAGUAUAAUAACACCAGUUCAUAUAGAAGAUGUUGUUUUGAGAAACAAAGUAUACCAUUGUUUAAAAAAAAAAUCAUACACUAUAAGCAGUUACUCAUUAUUUGAGUAUUCUUUUCAGAAAAUACAGUGGUGCCUCUACUUACAAAAUUACCGUAUUGGCCCGAAUAUACCUCGGCCCUGAUUAUAAGACGACCCACUCUUUUUCAAGACUCAAGUUUGAAAAAAGACUUUUUGAACACCAAUGUAAUUAUUAUAGAGAAAAUAAUUACAGCACAUCUGACACAAAUGAUUAUAACAAUAUAUUUGAGAGAAAAAGCAUGUUAUUUUGCCUCAUUCAAAUCUAAUAUCUGAACUUUUAAAUAUGUAAACUAAAGUGCAAUCGCAUUCGUAAAUGAAUGGCUUCUGGUUUUUGAAAUGUAAAUAAAACUAAUCUAUUAUGAUAAAACAACAAAAUUGCAAUAACUAGAUUAACCAUCAAAGUGAGGUCUAACUGUAACUGUAGACUUGAAACAAAUCUAAAUAAAAUAAUGCAAACUGGUUAAACCUGAGAGUAGCUGAGAUCUGUAAUGACAGAACAUUAGGUUCAGCAUUCCCUUCAAUGAUAUCUGGCGCCAUCUAGCGUCGUGAAUGGGUAUAAUGUCUGGACCGCAAAUAUAAGACGACCCCCACUUUUUCAGUCUUAUUUCAAUGCAGAAAAAAACGUCUUAUAUUCGGGCCAAUGCGGUAAUUGGUUUGAAAGUAGUUUCGUAACAUGAACAUUCCGUAAGUAGCGGUGCGUUUUCCCAUGUAAAUGCCCUAACCCGUUCAAAGCCCCUCAAAAUUCAGACACAGAUCUUUUAUGAAGCAUAAAAAUGUAUCGAAACAUGUAAAAAGACAUGUUACAAUUAGAUUAUUGCACAAUAAACAUAAAAUGAGAGUUGUGCAAAAUGCAAAAAACAAAAACAUAGAAGUUUAAACACUCAUGUAAAGCUGAACUCAUGUAAAGGUGAUUGAAGAGGAUGCUGUGAUACACAUACUGUAUACACAUAGAAUAGAGGUCACUCUUAGCCAACUGGAUGCCAGGAAGGUGCAAGACAAUCGCCAAAGUUAGAGCAACUAUAAGGAUGUUAAAUUCAGUAAUCUCUGGGACCUGCGAGUAGCAGCCCAUAGCCUACUGUAUUUUUGCCUUUUGUAUCCUGAAAUUUGUUUUGUAACAAUAGGCAACAUUUUCACGUUAAGCGUGCUGUAACCUGAAAAUUCCGUAUAUAUAUACGUUUGUAAGUAGAGGUAGCACUGUACUUUUUUAUUUGUACUAGAGUAUUUUUUUGGGUGUGAUGACUACUUUUACUUUUGUAAUAUUAUUUUGAAAUUACUCGAGUAAAAUGCUUGGCUACUCUACCCACCUCUAGUUAUUGGACACAUCAGAAGUAAUACAUCUUCCACCUUUAGCCGUAUGAAAUGAUCAUUCCAUUUUAGCAAAUGCCAUUUCAAGAUGACGCUUUGUUUAUCAUUAUUUAGCUGGCCAUAUAUACUGUAUCGAGUUUUGUUUGAUUUGAUAUAUAUUAUAUAUAGUGACGUGUUGAGCUCUCACUGAAUGGUAAGGAUCCAUUGCUGGAAACCUAAUA